CUCAGGCACCAAACAAAGUCAAGAAACAACAAAUUCCACCACGAUAGUGCUAAGUCGUAGCACUCGUCAAAACAAUAACCAGAUAAUUCAGCACCAUGGAUCGUCAGAGUGUCUACUCUUUGAGUGUUCUGCCGCCGGAUUAUGACAACGAAUCAGAUACUCGGGGCCAAACACAAGCCCAAUUAGAACAAUUUAUUCUGCAAUUCCGCCUAGACAACGUCUUUAUUUACAGGUAACAUAUGGUCGAGUGAGUGACUCGGAGGCAAUUGUCUAAUCUUGAACAGAGACCAGAUCCGCGAGAACGUUCUUCUCAAACAAUAUUACUGCGAUGUUGAUGUUGGACACCUCAUAUCCUUCAAUGAGGAGCUGGCUCACAGACUUGUCACGGAGCCCGCAGAGAUCAUUCCACUGGUUCGCGCAUCACAAGAAUUCUGCUCUGUGGUCGCUAACUCUACCUAGUUCGAGGCGGCAUUGAAAAAGUGCACACAUCGUAUCGUUUACCCUUCAACAAGAGAACCUUCACCCCCUAUUCCAGAACAUCAACUUCUUCUACAUUCCUCCGCCGAAGAACUUUCCAUUCGAAACCUCGACGCCCUCACAAUCUCACGUCUUGUUAGAGUGCCGGGUAUCGUUAUCGGUGCUUCCGUCCUGUCUUCAAAAGCGACAGCCCUCCAUAUACAAUGCCGCAAUUGUCAUCAAGUCAAGGUUCUGCCUGUUGCUGGCGGAUUUACAGGUGUUUCUCUCCCACGAAUGUGCGAUCGACAGUCGAAUCCUGGAGAGGAUAGAUGUCCAAUGGAUCCUUAUGUUGUAGUUCACGAGAACAGUCAAUUUGUAGACCAGCAAAUUAUCAAACUCCAGGAGGCGCCGGACCAAGUACCCGUGGGAGAACUUCCAAGACAUGUACUCAUUUCCACAGACCGUUAUUUGACAAACAGAGUUGUUCCUGGGUCCAGAUGUACAGUGACUGGAAUUUUCUCAAUCUACCAAAACAAACAAUCCAAGGGCUCUUCGACUACUUCCGCAGUGGCAAUCAGAACCCCAUAUCUGCGAGCAGUCGGCAUACAUAGUGAUGUGGACCACACCGCAAAGGGAAAUGCAAUAUUUUCAGAAGAGGAGGAACAAGAGUUUUUGGAGAUGAGUCGACGACCAGAUUUGUACAAUGUCUUCGCAAACUGCAUAGCCCCUUCGAUUUACGGUAACAUGGAUAUCAAAAAGGCCAUUGCAUGUCUUCUUAUGGGUGGUUCGAAGAAGAUUCUACCUGAUGGCAUGAAAUUGCGUGGUGAUAUAAACGUCUUGCUUCUUGGUGAUCCAGGUACGGCAAAGUCCCAAUUACUGAAAUUCGUGGAGAAAGUCUCACCUAUCGCCAUUUACACUUCCGGAAAGGGCUCUUCGGCAGCUGGUUUGACAGCAUCCGUUCAGCGUGACCAUACGACACGAGAAUUUUACUUGGAAGGGGGAGCAAUGGUUUUAGCAGACGGUGGGGUAGUCUGUAUUGAUGAGUUCGACAAAAUGAGAGACGAAGACAGAGUUGCAAUCCACGAAGCCAUGGAGCAACAGACCAUCUCAAUUGCCAAAGCUGGUAUCACUACGAUUUUGAAUUCCAGAACAUCUGUUCUGGCAGCCGCAAAUCCAAUUUUUGGACGUUAUGACGACCUUAAAACUCCUGGAGAGAAUAUCGAUUUCCAAACUACCAUUCUUUCUAGAUUUGACAUGAUUUUCAUCGUCAAAGACGACCAUGAUAGAAACCGAGAUGAGACGAUUGCUAAGCACGUUAUGCGCGUACACAAGGGCGGUCACGGUGUGGAAGAACAAUCCGAAUCCGAAAUCCCGGUAGAGAAAAUGAAGCGAUACAUCAGUUACUGCAGAUCGUAAGCCACCUAAUCCCAAAUCCAUGGAUGAAGAGCUGACAAAUUUUAGCCGCAUGGCGCCCCGCCUCUCACCCGAGGCUGGAGAAAAGCUUUCCUCUCAUUUCGUCUCUAUUCGGAAGCAAGUUCACACCGCGGAACUCGAAGCCAACGCACGCUCCUCUAUUCCCAUCACAGUUCGUCAAUUAGAAGCUAUUGUUCGUAUCACCGAGUCACUCGCCAAGCUCUCUUUAUCACCAGUAGCUACAACGGAGCAUGUCGACGAAGCAAUCCGGUUGUUUUUGGCUUCUACCAUGGAUGCUGUGAACAUGGGUAGUACCCAGGGAAGCAAAGAGUUGAAUGAGGAAGUUAACAAGCUCGAAGACGAGCUGAAGAGAAGAUUGCCGAUUGGAUGGAGUACUAGUCUUGCAACUCUAAAGAGAGAAAUUUGUGAGGGCAAGGGGUAUACCGAGCAAGCUCUCGCUAGAGCUUUGACCAUUCUACAGAGGAGAGAUACCAUCACCAUUAGAAACCAGGGUGCGCAGGUGUACAGAAGUGGAGCGUGAGGAGAUGGUGCAUUUGUCCAUAAGUGGAGUCUGGGUGUUUUGUUUACGAGCCUGGAUGAGAUGAUUGGGAUGAGCUGGGUACGACGACAUGAAUGAUGUAGAGAUUAUACAUAUGGUUUAGAUACGUAUAAUCUGAAAUAAUUCUCAAGACCUGC